AUGCUUCGUUCAGCUAAAAAUUUAGUUAAAGGUUACUCAUCGACUCAAAAAUUAGUACGUGAUGCUACUUCCAACAGUCAUGAUAAUCCUCCAAUAGACCAGUUGAGUGAGCUGGCAGAGAUGACGUACAAUAAUAUGGAAUUUUUCGAGAUUAUGGACAUGUUAGAUAAGAGAAUCAAUAGUAAAGGUAAAUAUUGGAAACACGUUAUCAAGUCCUUGAUUGUAUUAGAUUAUCUCGUUAGAUUCGGUAGUGAAAAUUGUGUUAUUUGGUGUAAAGAAAAUCUGUAUAUUAUUAAAACGCUCAGGGAAUUCACUUACGAAGAUGAAAGUGGCAUGGAUCAGGGUCAGAUGGUUAGAGUUAGAGCUAAAGAAUUGACCUCGUUGUUAAUGGACGAAGAAAGACUAAGAGAAGAAAGAGCUCUUAAUAGAAGAGGUGGUGGGAAUAGAAGAAGAGCAAAAUCAAGAAAUUCUGAUGAUGAUGACGAUUUGGAGAGGGCUAAAGAAGAAAGUAGACGUACUGCAAGAGAAGAAGAAGAACUUCGUAGAAGGCAAGAGGCUGAACGUCAAUUUGCGCUACAACUAAAUCAGGAAGAGCAAGAACUAAGAGCCUUGCAGCAAUUACAACAACAGCAACAGCAACAGCAGCAACCAAUGUAUUAUGAUAUUUUCGGAAAUCCCAUCACACCAGAGGAAUAUUUACAAUUUCAGCAACGACAAGCGGCUUUGGCUCAGCAACAAGCAUUAUUAGCCCAACAAGAACAACAGUAUUGGGCUCAACAACAGGCUGCAUUCUUGUCACAACAACAACAGCAGCAACAGCAGCCACUUGCUACAGGCUCUAAUAAUCCGUUUGCAUUAAAUAACAAGAAGUUACAACAACAUACACCAGAACCAUCAGUAAUAGACACCACACUGAAUACACAGGCACCUUUGAAACAGACAAGAACGGGAAGUCAAUCAAUUUCUGACAAGUAUAGUGCGUUGAAUACUCUUUUGGCCACAGGAACAGGUAUCGACACAUUCGGUAAUACAGGAAAUCAAAGAAUUCCAGCCCAACAUACAAAAACAGGGACAUUCAUCAAUUCACAGGGUACGGGUUACAAACAGGUUUCCACGAAUGGAUUCAAUAACGUGUUUUUAAAUAGUCAAUACACUGGUUUACCCAGUUCCAAUAUUGUACCUUCACAGACUGGUUAUGGGUUCGGUAACAGUACUGUGAAUAACAACAAUUUGGUCGAUUUAUAA